AUGGAGCUCGACGAGGCACGCCGGAUGCGCGGCGACCAGCAGGGCAAUGGCAAUGGCGGAGGAGGCGGCGAGGUGCUGUCGCUCAAGGGGGCCGCGGUGGACGUGGGCUCUAUCAUGGAGACCAGCGCCAUGAAGAGGAGCUCGCAGUGCGCUUGCUCAUGA